UCUUCAGACACCGCACAGUGAGAUCACAUUGCUAUAACUAAAUAGGAUUUAGUGAACGAAUAUUGUAUAUUAACAACCACUCACUGAAAAGUUUUUACUCGAAGCGGUUGAGAUAGAAGAAACUAAAAUACCGAUUCGGAAUAAAAUAAUUAAAUUUGUGAAAAUUUGAUUUUUUAUUAUUCGAAAAAGAAAGAAAUAAAGAAUUCUGAGAGACAAAUCUGAUAUUAUAAAUGCAAAGUUAGGCAAAAGUGAAACAAAAUUUUGCUUGUGUUAACUGGAAUUAAAUUGAACUUUUUAGUGUGAUAUUCUACUUCUUUAACUGAACUUUAUUGAUAAAUUGCUUUAAUAAUAAAACGGUUUAAUUUCAAGUGUGUUGUAAGUUGUGUGCCUGUUCGAAUUGUGAAACAGACCUGCGUUUUGUUAUAUUGAAUUUUCAGCGAAAUUACUUAGAUUUGAACAAUUUUUCUGUUUAUUCGAUGCAAAAAAGUACAAAACAUUAAAAUUAUGCACGAACACGAUCCGACAUCCAAUUUUCUUUAAAAAUUCUAUUCCAACGAAAGUUAUAAGUGAACAAGUACGAUAAGAAAAUUAAAUCAGAAAAAAGUCAAAUUUGUGAUUAAGAAAUUAUUAUUCCGAAAAAGCAAAUCAAAAGAAAAGUAAAAUUUCAAAAAAAUAAAUAAAAAAAAAAAAUGGGUGAAGAAAAAGACACUAUGGCAACCGAUGUGGGGACAGAUGAAAAACCAGACGUUUCGAAAUUCGGAAAAUUUUGCCAAAGACAUGGCAUCAAUUCGAAUUUAAUUAUGCUAAAAAUAUCGCUGUUCGUUAUGUAUGGAGCAACAUCAUCGCUACUUCCUUACCUCACCAUCCACAUGCAAAGUGUUGGAUUAACAAUUGAAGAAAUUGCCAUUAUUUAUUUGGCACUACCGUUUACCACAUUUUUGGCGCCACCAAUAACAGGUUUCUUGGUAGACAAAUUUGGAAAGUACAAACCGGUAGUCGUUAUGAGUUUGUUAUUAAAUGCAGUAUUUCAUCAUUCCUUAAUGAUGAUUCCUCAACAAGAAAUUCCUGGAAUAAUGCCAGCUGCCUAUGUUAUGCGUCAUCCUGGUACAGGCGUGGUCGAGCUAUGGUGGUCUCCAUGUCCGAGUCGGGAAUGUCCAGAGGAAGAAGAGAUUGAUAUUGUCGUGGAUCAGUGCUUGGACCACUGUCUUCUUCUCGAGCAAAAUCCGAAAAUUGAAAUAGUUGCGCCUACAAACGGGCCCUUGCGUCCCACCCGUCCAACCGUAGACAAUGACGAAACUGAUGAUUUAAAAAUCCAUUUGAGCAAAAGGAAGAAGGAAUAUUCGACAAGAAAUCCGAACGAUGUUACGUACAGUUCCACCUCACCGUCCCCUUCGACUACGGACCAAACGUUCCGUUCGACUGCAGCAUCGUUAAUAAAUAGCGACAACAACUCUUCUGAAGAAGAAAGCUGGGUCCUGGGAUCAGACGAAGAUGGAGCUGCACAUUUCUUACUUACGAUGCAUCCAGACCUUGGCGAACCAAUAGAACAAUUGGGCAUGGACAUUGUACAAGACGAUAACGAUACUGUAACGGACUUCAAACAACGUUUCGGCGAGAAAUUACUUUGGGACUCAGGUGUCAAUGUGACUGCUUUGGAAGAAGAAGAUCUCCGCUGCGGCGGUUUAGUUUUACAAUCGAAUAUGUCCGGUACAUACAACAUGAGAUUAAGUGAAUGGGCUGCCGAUUGUAUGGUGCAACAGUGCCAAUUUCGCCAAGGGGGACCUGAGAUCUGUCCGCCAGAUUAUCGCGAAAGUGACGACAAGGUGUUCUGGAUAUAUUUUGGAUUAAGAUUCUUAGCCACGACAAUGUUGAGUUCAGGUGUAACUAUUAUGGAUCCCAUAGCAUUAACAAUGAUUGAGAAGUAUGGAGGAGAUUUCGGACGGGAGCGUUUAUUUUCAAGCAUCGGAAUGGCUAUUUUUUCACCCAUCACUGGCCUGUUGAUCGACUACACGUCUAGAGGAUUAGGAUACACUGACUAUUCAGCUGCGUUCUACACAUAUGACAUUUUAUUGAUUGUAUCAACCGUAACCGUUCUACUAAUGCCAAUCGGCGAAAAACUGCCAGCCGAUAAUGUGUUCAGAGAUCUGUGGAACCUUGUCAAAAUGCCGCACGUUCUAAUUUUCAUUCUCUUUUUGUUCGUGCUUGGCAACUUUUGGGGAUUCAUCGAGAGCUUUUUGUUUUUGUACUUGAAGGAACUGGGUGCUCCUAACUAUCUGCUCGGAAUUACAAUUACAGUUGGUACAGUCAGCAGUAUCCCAUUUUUGUAUGGAGCAGAAGCAAUUACACGGAGAGUUGGUCACGUCAACUUGAUCAUCAUUGCAUUCUUCUCACACGCUGCGCGAUUGGUUGGUUAUUCGUUUAUCGAUGAUGCUUGGUGGUGUUUUCCCUUCGAGGCUAUGGAGGCUCUAUCCUGUCACUUGAUGUGGGUUGCUGCGGCAACAUACUGUGCAAUUCUAGCCCCGAAAGGAUUAUUGGCAACGUUAAUUGGAGUGCUGGGAAUGGCGCAUUUUAGUUUGGGACGCGGUAGUGGUUCAUUCUGCGGUGGUUUCCUCAUCGGUCAAGUUGGUACGCGGGAAGCCUUCCGAUAUAUGGGAAUAUUUGCGGUUUUGGGUGGCUGUUCUUAUUAUGCUCUGCAUUUAUUGUGGCUGAAAAAAUUCGAUGCUACGUCGGACAAGGAUGAUCAGGAAGGCGCGGAGAAUGGUGAAACUGAGAAACUUGCACCGGAGCCGAAGACAAAGGAACAGGGAACAACAAUGUCACAAGAACGAUUGAGUUUGAUGAUUAAAUUCAAUCAAAUUGGCAGUCUGACUAGUCUACCGAGAGGAUCAAAGGCGGAUAUUCGUGAUCAUCUUUCACAACGUCGAAGCAGUUACAAUAUUGAUUUUAACCGACGAGGCGGUGGUAGUGCCUCCAAAGUGGACCUUUUGAAAUCCGCACUGGAAAUCAAUCACAAAGCAUCCAAUCCGUCCGUAAUGACAAAAGAACGUACAUCGAAUCAAUCGUUAGGUCGCAAUAGAGCUGAUUCAGCACCGAAGUUGAAUAACAAUUUACCGAAAAACAUUCAACUUCCGAAUGUGCCUGUACUCGAGGGUGUUGAAACAACAUUUGCACCGUACGAUCGGUAUAAGUACCGAAGUAGAGCACAGCUACAAAUGAUUCCAGCGUCUGAACCCAUUACCAUCACUAUUGAUCCGGUUGACGAGCGCCGAGAUUCGAUACCUGAAGAGCCAGAACAUCAAAGUCAACAUCAAAAAGCAGAAGAUUCGUCGGAAAAUUAUUUAUCGAAAAAUAAAGUCCUUACAUUUUCAAACGACAGUGAGACGUAAGACGCCAAACUAUCUCAAAAUGUUUUCAUUAAUGUUUUUGUAAUUUAAAUUUAAACUCAUGUUACAUUUAAACAAGAAAAAAAGAAAUCUUUUUAAUAGCUUUUAAGAUACAAAUAAUUAUAAUUUAAUUACUUUAUCGAACACGAACACGUUCUCCAUAGUGUCCCACUAUUAUUUGUUUUUCAGUUUUGAUGCGAUUAAACGGUUUCGUCCUUUCAAUUAAAAA